GGGGUGUGCGUUGCCGAGCUAGCGCUAUCGAUGGGUGCUCUUUUCCGGCCCGAACCCUUGGCUCUUGUAAGGGUCUUUGAGUUUUGUGGUAGUCCUACAAAAGAGUCAGCUCCUGCCUUCUGUCCCAGGCUCAGUUACCCGGAAUGUCUUCAUCCAAUCCUCUCCCAUCUUCCAACUGGCUCAAGCUAAAGAAGGCCAUCCAGCCGUCAAAGAGCAGGAAGCGCCAUUCUCAACAAAACAAUCACAAGAGUGUCUCGCCGCCUUCAACGUCUAAGGCACCGAUAUUCCAUCGGAAUAACACAGUGACAUCGCCGCAACAUGGGACAUUGGAAAACAUUGAUUUGGACACGACUGAAAUCAAGAACGGCGAGUCCAUAGCUAGUCUGCGCAAAAUGGUACUUGGGAUGAACUCAUAUCAACCUUCCGAGGCAGUUCCUGGAAAAUACCUCGCACUCGAUUGUGAAAUGGUCGGCAUUGGCUUGGAAGGAUCGGAGUCAUCACUAGCCCGCGUCAGCAUAGUCAAUUUCAAAGGUGCUGUCGUUCUUAAUGCGUUUGUUCGGCAAAAGGAGCGUGUCGUCGAUUAUAGAACGAAAUGGAGUGGAGUGCGGAGAGCAGAUCUUGGCGAGGAAGCAAAGCCCUUCGACGAGAUACAGCAAACUGUAUCUGAUCUAAUUAAAGACCGAAUACUUGUGGGUCACGCUGUGCACAACGAUCUCAAGGCACUGCUCCUUUCCCACCCUGCACAGCAGCUUCGUGACACUCAAUUACUGGCACAUCAACAUAAGUUGGUGAAUUCACGUCGGCCUGCUCUUCGGGUACUCGUGCGACAGGAAUUAGGAAUAAGCAUUCAGGAAGGAGAGCACAACAGUGUCACGGACGCGCGUGCAACUAUGGCACUCUUUCGGCUUCAUAAGAAGUUGUGGGAGAGCGGGUUCAGAGCCGUAAAUACCCCGAUGAAAUCCAAGUCCAAACUCAAUCCAGGUUCCAGCUCCAGGUCAUCGCCAAUCAAUUCUGCUGAUUCUCGAGGGCGUAAACGCGCCCGUGAGACUACUGUAUCUACAACAGGCAGUCAAUGUCGAUCUCCGAGUCCGUUUUCUGCACCAUCAGAUGCACCCAAACCACCGAACAUAGACCCAGUAACGCCGGGGCAGAAAAGGUCGCGAAUGGCUGACGAUAGCAUGGAAGGGCGGGGACGACAAGGAGUGUCGUCUGGUCUCUCUACCGUCGUCCGUAGGGCUGGUGGUGUGAAAGAAGUAACAGGGAAAGGUCCGAAGAGAAAGGGGAUGGUUGUAGGUGGAUCAAAGCCGAGGGAGAGGUGGUGGACGACUCUAGACGACGGCUCGUCCGGAUCAAAAGGGACCGUAAGACUAUCGAUGAUGUAGGCCCAUAUAUUGAUAACACCGAUCCAACAAACCCAAAAAUGCCCAGAGCCCUGGACAUUUUCCGUAAGCAAACUGUAGGCCCCGUUGGUUACACAUCCAUCUGCUCGCAGACAAGUUCUUAGAUACAGGUCAGGUUAUUUAAAGCGAG